GUGAAUUCAAAUUUUCAAUCCAAUGUCUUGCUUGUAUCGACUCAAACACUAGAAUCCCUUCUGCGAGUAUAUAUGGCAUAGAUCAAAGUGCUGUAAAAGAGCAAUUCCCUUUUGUGAGUUGUGAGGUAAAUCGCAUUUGUACUUUUGUUGGGUAGUUUCAGGCAUAUGACAUUUCUAUUCGGGUGAGUUUGGUUUUGAAGAUAGAUUGCAUUUUGUGAGUUGUGAGGUGGAAGCUCAGGGAAGACGAGGCCGCACACGAACAUGUUUGAAUAUCUUCUCAAACUUCGCGGGCCCUAUUUAUCAACCCGCCAAAGCUCGCUCUUAUACUGUCGCUGCUUCUCAUGUUUUGUCUAUCAUCCCUUAGAUGCUGCCCAGAAUAAGAGGAUGGAAGCUUCAGAUAGAGGGACUUCAAGCUUAAUUCACCCCAGUUCGAUUGUUCAUCCCGAUGCCAUCAUUGGCGAGGGGGUUUCCGUAGGACCUUUUUGUUCUGUGAGUUCCUCCGCAAAGCUUGGCCAUUUUUGUAAGCUAUAUCCAGGAAGCCAUAUUUUUGGAAGUACUGAAUUAGGAAACAACUGUACUUUGAUGACCGGUGCAGUUGUUGGUGACGAUCUUCCUGGAUGUACAAUCAUCGGAAGAAAUAAUAUAAUAGGGUAUCAUGCUGUAAUUGGUGUGAAAUGUCAAGACUUGAAAUAUAAGCCAGAGGAUGAAUGUUUCCUGGAAGUUGGUGACAACAAUGACAUUAGGGAACAUACUUCAAUCCACCGAUCUUCAAAGUCAACUGAUGCAACCGUUAUUGGGGAUAACAAUCUCAUCAUGGGAUCUUGUCAUAUUGCCCAUGAUUGCAAGAUUGGUAACGACAAUAUUUUUGCAAAUAAUACUCUUCUAGCUGGGCAUGUCGUAGUUGAGGACUAUGUUCACACUGCAGGUGCCGUCGUUGUUCACCAAUUCUGCCAUCUUGGCUCCUACUCUUUUCUUGGUGGUGGUUCUGUGGUUUCACAAGAUGUCCCCAAAUACAUGAUGGUGUCUGGAGAAAGAGCUGAACUUCGUGGUCUAAAUGUAGUGGGCCUUACUCGAUGUGGAUUCAGCAAUACAGAGAUCAGGAGCCUUAGAACAGCUUAUAGAAAGAUAUUCAUGCCCUCAUAUUCAAAUACGAGGUCCUUUGAAGAAAGGCUUGCUGAUGUGGAGAAGCAUGAAGAAUUGACUCACUUUCCUGCUGUGCGUACAAUGUUGAAAUCUAUCCGUGAUUCUUUUGUAGAAGAUCGACGCGGAAUAUGCAAGUUCAGUGACUUGAUUAGCUCUUGAAGCAUGAUAAAGAGAGCAUACACACACGGAUAUACCAAGAGGUGUUCUGGCAACUGUGUAAAGUCAGUGUACACUGAAGCAAUUUUGGCAUGAAGAGUAGUUAUUACGAUAUUAAGAAGAAAAAUAUUGAUGGAAACGAUGAAUUCUUGUAGGUUUCCAAAUAUUGAUUUCUGAAACGGAGAUUUCAAGAGGUAUAGUAGUGCCAGUACAGUUUUGCAUUAAUGGCGUAGCUACUUCUAUUCUGUAUAAUCUUUAGACCAUAAGAACUUCAAAUUAUGGUAUGAAGCGAGUUGCUUUCUUCUUACCAAUUGUAAUUUUGGAUUCAAGUAAUUGACUUGAGCAGUUACGUGGGAAUGUGUCAGAUUCUAAAUCCAGAUAAUGCAGGAUCAUUUGGCAGCCCGUUUUUGUCUUGUUAUGACAAUCAUUUCUGCGUUCAACGGCCGAUUGAUUUUGGACUCCAAGUUUUCCCCUUCUUGAUUUGAUUGUUCGGGAUCUAAAGAGAUCAUUUAAUGCUAAUGUAAUCUAUAUUGAUUAGUGCCUUAAAUUGUUUAUAGUAUACUCCUUUGAUAGCUCUGAUUGGAAUUAUUGGGCAGAUAAGAUAUAGCACACUCUGAUAUUGACUUA